GAAUUCUAUAAUUACACACUUGGGUUCGCUGGCUUAAAACUCAGUCGGUCUUGGCUCCCUGAACCGUGAGAACGGUCUUUUUACUGUUAAUGGUCUAUCACGUGAAUUGUCCAGUGACACAUUGAAGUGAGUGAUACCGUGAGUUUAUCAUUUUAAAUCGCGUUGACUGUGGUGAAGAUACUGUUGGAGACAUCAGGAUGUCGUACUACGGCGAUAGUAUGUCUUAUUACUACGGGGGAGCGUUCGCCAAUCACAGUUCGUUGAUGACAGGCACCGGAAGGGUCUACACACCCCACCGUUUCGCCCCGCACCUCUCAACAAUUUCGGAGUCCCCCCUGAGUAACUACCGUCGUUACGCCCCAGUGAUCCUCCCCUCUCGACCGAAAAGAAUCAUCGACACAGCCGACAUCGACGUAUCAACCCCGCGAACCCUUCACUCGGACUACUCACGACCUGGGAAUCGUCUUCGCCGAGACCGCCCGACCAUCAGGAUUCGCUCGCAAGCCCUGAAGGACAAUCCGACCCUCCGGGAGCACAACGAACGUCACGAAAAGACUGUCGGAGAGCUCCUCCGAGAGAAGUUCUACAUAAAAGACAAGAAGUCGUCCGAUGAUGCCCCGAAAAUCCGCCAGCUGGCCCACGAACCCUUGGAGGAUCCAUCUGAAGCGCCGCAGGGUAAACUCACCAGACGGAUGACGCGUCGUCGUUCAUCAGCGGAUAUUCAAAUGGACCCGGGCCAACUGGAGCGAGAGCUUGCAAUCGCCCAAGUACAAGCGGAAGUGCUGGACAAUCUAGUAGCCGAGGAGCAAGCGGAGAUUGAAGUCGAAGUUCGCAGAGGAACUCUUCUUCACAAGAGCCAGCUGCGAUCAGCUGCACUCAGUAAAUCCGAAUCGGAGGCUGACAAAUCAGACGACACCAAGAAAAAGAUUCCGAAGAAGAUCAAAAAGAAGAAAAAGGUAACGGACAAACCAUCUCCACCGUCAUCAGCACCAUCAACUCCAGGUGAAGAUGGAAAAGAUCCUGCCAAGGGUUUCAAAAUCGAAGCUUGCAAUAGCGUCGGCGACUUCUCCACCAUUGUAGUCAACGCUAAGGAUAAGCAUAAGGGCAUCGAACUCAGGGAGAGCUUUAGACUCCCUCCACCAAAAUCAGCAAGCAAGAUGGACAGCAAUGACGAGGAAGUUAUAAUUCUCCCCAUCAAGAAGCCCUAUGUACUUGACAAUUCACGCAACAGCGUGUAUUUGACCCUGAGACAACAAAUUGCAAAGUCAUCGGGGCCGAGUGAUGAUGAGGGGGGCGCCAAUCAACGAUCAUCACGAUUGAAAAUGGAUCGUAUUAAGAAAGAGAAUGAAUUAAAACCUGCCAAUAUCCGGGCUAAAGAUACAUUUAAGAGUGAUACAGAGGUCGCAGGAGUGAUCAAUGUUAUUGAUGAUGAGACAAGUGUUGCGAGGUGUGGGAUCACUUCUGAUGCGAAGUUGUUGAUGAAAGCAUCGGAGGAAUUGCCGAAGAUUGGUGAGGAGAGUUCGCAGGGUGUGAUUGAUGAAAGUGCAGUGGACGAGAAGAUUAAAGAAAUUUUAACUGGUGAUAUCGGGAAAGAUGUUUGUGAGGAUAUGGCAAUUACGAGUGAAGAUGGUGAUAAAGACAGCGUAUGGGAAUUGCGUGAGGCUAAUCCCGGUGUUUCCCAGGUAGUCGAGCAGGGAUUGAUGAGUCCGGGAUCUCCUGCGGUGAAAGAAGGAGAUGCCAAUAUUCAGCGGGAAAAGGAGGAUGAGGUGAUGGGGGAAGACUGCAGUGAGUUAAAAAUAUCAGACGAGAAGAGUAAAAUCGCAGCCAGUCAGACUGACAAAUUGGAGAAAAAUAAACCUGUGAGUAAGUUGAAGUCUUCUCUGAGUGAAAGCCAAAUUUCGGAUCAUCUUAAACUCAAUGGAGUUCGAAAGGAGAAAUUGGAUAAGUCAAAGUCUUUAUCUAUUGACUUGAAAGCUUCUAAAGUUGAGAAAAAAUCUUCUUUAGAACGCAAAAAACCUUCUGACGAUAAAAAGAUGGUUAUCAAGCAGGAGAAACUUGUAGAUAAAUCAAAAUCGCUCUCCAUUGAGAGUCCAAACCCGUCAGUGCCUGAAGUUAAGACGAUUGACACCACUAGAAGCCUUGAUGAAUCAAAAUCCUCGGCUGUCGUGGAGGAAAUUCCGUCGGAUGAUAAAAAACUUGUCGAUGAAUCGCAAUCAUUAGCCAUUCACAAUGAAAUUCCUUCGAUCAUCAAGCCUGAAGUUACUGAAAAGCAGGAAAAUAUUGAGGAAUUAAAAUCUUCAGAGGACGUGGAACCUUCUAACGAGAACCACCUUUCGCCUCUAGAGAAUCAACUUCCUCUAGAGUCGACAAUAGGAAUUGAAGAAAACGAAACCCUCGACAAGCUAAAACCAGUCCUAAUCAAAGAAGAAUCCCUUCCUACCAAAGAAGAACCCCCCGAAAAGCUCAAACCCCUCAGCAAAUCGAAAUCGUUCAUAGACACUCCACUGAACACCUUACCCUCUCCACAACUUCCAAAACUCAAAGCAAAACCCAAACCAACGAAAUCAAAGUUCCUCUCCACAGACAGUGGAAUAGGUUCCCUAGAGCUUAACAUAGAUCACUCCGAGAAAAAGACGAAGAAGAAGCUUCAGAACUCCAAAGGUUCCUCCUUUGAAUCCGACGAGGAUCCGAAACGAAAGUUAAAACAUUCGGAAAAACAAAAAAUACCACCAGUGAAGAAGCUAAAGAAAAAACUCACAGGUGCAAAGACCCUCCCCUUGCCGUUGCUAGAGGAUCCUCCAAAAGAGAUUAUCCUAACCCGAGUAUCCGCCAAGGAGAGCCCCCCAAAAGGACCCUUCAAAUCUUUGAUAUCCUUCCCUAUGACAAAACCCGAACCCAAAGCCUUACCCUCACUCAAAGAAGACGAAAAAACUGACGAGAUAGACUUCUGGUCGGAGAUCCGUAGUUCAUCACCUCCGAAAAUAGAUCCUCCAAAACUGUCAUUAAAGCCUCAAUUACCUGACGAUGUAAUAAAACAUGAAAUUAAACCAAACACUAACGAAAUUAUCCAAGGAGCAAUCGCGAAAGAAGUGAAACUCCCGGAAGCUAUUUUUGACAACUCGCUGAGUUCACAGAACUCGUUGACGAGCGAAAGAAGUUGUGAAACAGCGGAAACUACGGGAAUGAAGGUAUUAUUAUCCCCGGUAAAUGAAACACAAUCCGAAGUACCUGGAGAUGAUGUGAAAUCGGUGGAAAGUGAAGCUGUCGUGGAGGCUAAAUCGACUGGGGUUGUGGAAACAAGUGAUGUUGAAACACCAGCUAGAGAUAAAGAUAGGAAACUUGUGUUAGAUGUGUCUGGAGGAACUGACACACCUGUUCAACCCGUACCUGAGGAAGGUUCAGAGCCUUCGACACCUGUAGCCGAGGUUCCUCCUUCGUUGAUGACUGUUGAUCCUAUUCCUGAAGUACCUGAAGCUCUGGAUGAUGGGGAUGAAGACGACAGUCCGAUGACCCCAACAAACGAGGACGCGAGUGGGGGUCUAUCCAAAUGGAACAAAACAACAGAUCUGACGACGUUGGAUGGCAAAAAUGUCCCCUCCAGUGAUGCUGGAAAUGAGGUCGUAACGCCCAAAGUAUCGAAGAAGAAGCUGAGCAGACGGAAAAAGUCUGGCAGUGAGGACACGAUUAUCAGGCGAGUCCCGGAGAAGAUUACAAGUUCCACGGAGGCUUCCAAGGUCUGUCAGACCCCGAAGAAAAAUCUGAAGGCAAGUCCUCCUAAACCUGCUAAGCGGCCCAUUGAUCUCAACAAGAUGUUCUACACGACACCUUCGUCAUUGCUCACGGCCACCCCGAGGGAUCUGGCGAAGGUGAAACGGGUGAAAGUUAAGAAGGAGAAGCAGCCGGUGAGGACACCCUCCGCCAGCAGUGACAGCACCGGCAGCACCAGAAGCAGCCAGGACACAACCAGCUCCAGGAGCAAUUCUACUGUGGAGGAUGAGAAUGGACAGAAGAGGAUCUCAUCCACUAGGAGCAAUGACUCCGGAUUCGAUGGAUCGCCGAGAUUAUCUACCCCUUCACAAUCGUCUGACAAUCAGAGGAAUUCAGACAGCUCGGAUCAUGUUCAUGGAAGUGGCAGGAUCACUCCACCGGCUACUAAUCUACCCAGGUUCAAGAAGUACACUGUUGAAGAUUUCCACUUCCUCAAAGUCCUGGGAAAAGGAAGUUUCGGAAAAGUCCUGUUAGCAGAGUUGCGUGGCACCGACUGCGUGUACGCCGUGAAAUGCCUGAAGAAGGACGUUGUCCUGGAGGACGAUGACGUUGAAUGCACCCUGAUAGAGCGUAAAGUCCUGACCCUCGCCACGCGGCAUCCCUACCUCUGUCACCUCUUCUGCACCUUCCAAACGGACUCGCAUCUCUUUUUCGUCAUGGAGUACCUCAAUGGAGGUGACUUGAUGUUCCACAUACAGAAGUCCGGACGAUUCCCCGAGUUUCGGGCGAGAUUUUACGCCGGUGAGAUCUGGUCUGGCCUGAACUUCCUUCAUAAAAAGGGAAUUGUGUACCGGGAUCUCAAGCUUGACAAUGUUCUACUGGAUUUCGAGGGUCAUAUACGAAUCGCUGACUUUGGCAUGUGCAAAUUACAAAUCUUCUUGGACAGAACAGCCGAUACUUUCUGUGGAACGCCUGAUUAUAUGGCUCCAGAGAUAAUCAAAGGACUCAAAUACAACCAGGCUGUCGACUGGUGGUCGUUUGGUGUUCUUCUCUACGAAAUGUUGACCGGACAGUCUCCAUUCUCUGGCUGCGACGAGGACGAACUCUUCUGGAGUAUCUGUAAUGAACGGCCCUUCAUCCCCAGAUACCUCUCGCAAGAAGCCAUGGACGUACUCGUUGCUCUUCUGGAGAAAGAUGCUGGAAAGAGGCCCAUGGGUCACGAAAUUCAAGCUCAUGCUUUCUUCCACUCGCUCUCCUGGGACAGAUUAGAACGGAGAUUACUGGACCCUCCAUUCAAACCAGCCCUGGAGCACACCCUGGACACCCGUUACUUCGACACAGCUUUCACAGCUGAGAAGCCUCGUUUGACUCCCGUACCUGAGCAAAUUCUCACAUCAAUGGAUCAGGGUGUCUUCAGAGGAUUCUCCUACACGAAUCCCAACGCCACGGACUGAAAAAAGGGAAUCCUCCCUGCCCCCCAAUCCCUGGAGUCAAACAAACCACGUGCUGUGAUUGGUAGCGUCCGUUUCCUCAUGAAAAUGAACGCUAAUUGGGACAAUUCGAUGGCGAGUACCUCCCAUCGUCAGUCCUCAGCUGCUGAAUAUUUUUUAGAACCUCAUUGUAAAUUAAAAAUCACGAGAAACCACUGAGAUAACGUUUUUCGUCUCUAGUUUGCAGAUUUACGAUCAUUUUAAUAUUUUUAAAUAAUGGAGAUACGAAGUUAUUUCAUUCCACACAGCCCACACAUCAAUCUACAUCUUAUGAAUAUUCUCACUGAGGUUUUAGCGAUUUUUUAAUAGAAAAUAUGGAAUACGCAUAAGACUGUAUUUUUGAAUUGAGUCGUCGUGGAAGGAGAACCUAAUGAAUCUUAAUUUUUUUUCUAUUAGAAAUGUGGAUGAUGGUUAGAGACAAAAAUAAAGAUUCAUGAAAUUGUAUGUAAUAAAGGUUUAUCUAGUUGUUUAAUAGACGUAGAUUUUUUUUCAUUAAUUGUAAGAGAAUUUAAAAUUUUUUUGAUUAAAAGGAGGUGUUUGGUGGUACGUCAA